CGGUUUGUCAGAGGGUGUCUUGGGUUCAUAAUGUCUCUCCUCGGUCGGGACCACUUUCAUCCCCUAUAGAGCUGUGAUCUUCAUGUCAACGCUUUCCCGGAUACUCCUGAUUAACUCCUUCAUGUUCAGAAAAUGAAUGAACUGCCCAUCCCUGAUCCCCUUUCGAGCUUUUCUCCGGCUGGCGGGCUGUCGCAUCCUCUUCUUGCGCAGAGCUGCAUGGCAACGGGAGGAGGAGGCAGCUCGGGAUGAAGGAGGGUACCAGCGUCCCACGUGUCCUCCUCACCGCAGACCCAACGCAUUGCUCUUCGGUUUCCCAUCCCUUCGUUUCCGCAUACUGCAGAUUCGCAUAUACACACACAUACAACCUCAUCCAUACACCCAUACGCACCCGCGCAGGCUUGCGGAGCUAUGAUUCCGCGGUGCGCACUCUCCCGUUCCACACUAUUUCUAAACUGAUCACUCUCUAGGCCUGUAUCCAUCAUCUCCGACAAAGGCCUGUCACUUCUUUUUUUCAUCAUUCUGAUAUGCAAAUCUAAAUUCUCUGUAGCAGUGUUGACCGGAGCUGAGAGGGCGAGUGAUAGAGAGGGGGAGAGAUGAGAGGAGGCACAUCGUCAGAUGUUUAGUAGAUUGAUUUUGGAUCCUCGCCAUCAUUUGUGUGAUUUUUUUAGUCUUUUCUUCACUCCGUCUGCCGGGUUCGUGACAUCCUGCGGCUCUCCAUGCUGUAAUCCGGGGGAAUAUGUGAAGAUCAUGCUGGCGGUGUGGUGCUUCACGGUCUUUGCUGCAGUGGGCGAGAGGCUUGCAGUCUCAGGUGUUGACAGGAACCUGGAGCAGGAUGGAAGCAUGUGGGACUGGUUUGCCCCAGUGGGCCGGGCGGAUAGUGGGGACACUGCAACCGAGAUCAUUUAUCCAAAGCGCCUCGUACAGCAAAUCAAGUCAGAAGAAGAAAUGGCUCAUGACUACUUGGGUACCAGGGUGAAGAAUAGCACCGGGGACACCUUGCCUGUCCAUUUGGCCCAGAGCUGUUUCCAAGUAGAAGCCUUUGGACGCACCUUCACUUUAGACCUGGAAUUAAAUCACCAUCUUCUGUCUUCAGAUUAUGUAGAACGGCACUUUAACCAGGAUGGCAGUCCCUUUCAGUCUGUGGGAGGGGAACACUGCUACUAUCAGGGAAGGUUAAGAGGUUUACCAGAGUCCUGGGCAGCUGUCUCCACAUGCCAUGGCUUGUGUGGCAUGUUCUCUGAUGGCUUCUUCUCUUACGGUAUUGAGCCCUUUCACAAUGACAGCAAUCAGUAUGAUGGUGCUCACCUAAUACGCAGGAUGCCUGAUAUCAGACUUCCGGCCCAUUGUCCAGACUGUACAGAGGACAGUGAGUGGGAUGGCAGAGGAGGUGAUGGUGAUGAUGAUGACAGACCGGACCAAGUGAGGGAGCAGCAGGCGUCUGGGGGUCUGCGACGGUCCAAGCGAAGUGUUCGCAAGCCCUCUGUGCAGACUGAGACCAAAUAUAUUGAGCUGAUGGUGGUCAAUGACAAUGAUAUGUUUGUACAGCUGCGUCGCUCAAGCAGCCAAACCAAGAACUUUGCCAAAGCUGUGGUCAACACGGCGGAUACGAUCUAUCAGGAACAGCUCAACACAAGGAUUGUACUGGUCGCCAUGGAGACCUGGACCUCUAAAAAUAUGAUGCCAGUAGUGGAAGACCCAUUGAUAACGCUGCAAAACUUCAUGAAGUACAGGAAGGACAACAUCAGAGAGCAGAGUGAUGUAGUCCAUCUUUUCUCAGGGCGUAACUUUCAUAGUAGCCGUAGUGGGACAGCCUACACAGGAGGGGUGUGCUCUCCAACAAGAGGAGGAGGAAUUAACGAGUAUGGAAAUGUAGGUGCGAUGGCCAUCACUUUGUGCCAGAGUCUUGGCCAGAACAUUGGGAUGAGGUGGAACAAUGCACGUAACUCUGCAGGAGACUGCAAAUGCCCAGAUGCCUGGGUGGGAUGCAUCAUGGAAGACACAGGAUUCCAUCUGCCCAGAAAGUUUUCUCGCUGCAGCGUUGACGAGUACAUCCAGUUCUUGCUCCAGGGAGGUGGCAGCUGCCUGUUCAACAAGCCCAACAAGCUCUUGGACCCUCCUGAGUGUGGGAACGGGUUUGUGGAGCCAGGAGAAGAGUGUGAUUGUGGAUCCCAGCUGGAAUGUGCCCGUAGGGGAGGAGCCUGCUGUAAAAAGUGCACCCUUACCCAUGAUGCCAUGUGCAGUAACGGACUCUGCUGCAGUGGCUGCAAGUAUGAACAGAGAGGCGUGGUGUGUCGACAGGCUGUGAAUGACUGUGACAUCCCGGAAACUUGCACUGGAGACUCUAGCGAGUGCCCUCAUAAUGUCCACAAGCUAGAUGGAUACAUGUGUGAUAAUAGUCAGGGACGAUGUUACAGUGGACGAUGUAGGACACGUGAUGGACAAUGCAAGGGGCUCUGGGGCUAUAAUUCAGCAGACAGGUUUUGUUAUGAGAAGCUGAACGCUGAGGGGACAGAAAAAGGAAAUUGUGGCCCCGGUCCUGAUGGCCAAGGCUGGCUCCAGUGCAACAAGCCAGAUGUUUUAUGCGGGUUCCUGUUCUGUGCUAAUGUGACAAUGAAACCAAAGUUUGGAGACCUCCAAGGUGAAGUGACCAGCUUCACCCUCUAUCACCAGAACAAGUACUUGGACUGCAGGGGUGGCCAUGCUCUGCUAGAGGACGGCUCAGACCUGGGCUAUGUGGAGGAUGGCACUCCAUGUGGUCCCAACAUGAUGUGUUUGGAGAGACGCUGCCUCCCUGUGGCUGCAUUCAACCUCAGCACAUGCCCAGGAUCCAACUUUGGACGCAUUUGUUCUGACCAUGGGACCUGCAGUAAUGAAGUGAAGUGUAUCUGUGAUAGGGACUACACCGGGAAGGACUGCAGUGUCUUCGAUCCCAUCCCUGAGCCCACGGUCGCAACAGGCCCAGAGAAGAAAGGUCCAAGUGGCACCAAUAUCAUUAUAGGGUCCAUCGCAGGUGCUAUUCUCCUGGCAGCUAUAGUCCUAGGGGGAACAGGAUGGGGAUUUAAGAACAUUCGAAGAGGAAGAUCUGGUGGAGGAUAAGAUCUGUCUGUCUUUCUGUCUCUGUGUCCUGUCCACUUCUGUCUUCCUCCUCGCACUGUGUCAUUUCACGUUGAAGAAGAGGGGAACAAAAAAAAAUAGGUCUUCCACUACUGUCCCACAAUAUCUCCAAAACCUCUUCCGAGCAUCGUUUCCUCCACGAUCGCGUCUGCUCCUUUCGUCUGUCCUCCUGGGACCUGUGGAGCUCCUCUCACCAUACCAGCCAAAUCAUACUCAUGUGGCUGCUGCCAGCAGGCCACUGAGGAUUACGUCCAGGCCACGCCUAGAGCAAGCAGGUGGCUCUCCCUGUGGGAGACACCGGGGUCUUCCUCCAGUCCAGUGGCUAUACGAAUGUGCUUUGGUGUCUGUGUACCUCUUCUCACGUCUCGGACAGUCUGAUCAAGAACAUAUCAACGGUGGACCAAAUGAGACACGUCUUUCCAAUGCCUGCCUGCACAUAAACUAACCCGGCCGUCACUUGAGUCCACAGGUAUUGCUGGACUAGCACACAGACUGAAAUAACGUAACAGGGGCUGUAUUGUUUCCUUUUUUUCUUUAAGGAAACGGACCUAAGAUACAGUUCCUCCGAGGUCCAGACGUUGACAAGGUGCAUCUUAAAAUGGACAGAAAUGAGUUUUUAAUCUACAACAUUUGGCAACGUUGAGAUAACUUUAACAAAAAGAACACUGUUGUUAGCAUGUUUUCCAAAGAAAAGGUGAGUAAAGACUGACUGAUCGUAGAAGCUGUUUGUUCUGGAUUGCAGUUUGAGUCUUAACUUGAGGCAUCCUACCUGCCCACCAAUCUCCCACACCCUCAAGUUUUCAGGUACAAAAAAAGGAAGCUAGGUGUUGUGGUUUUGGGAUCAUUAAAAAAAAUAUCAUAUAUAUGAAGCAGCAGAGACCGUAACUUAGUGUUUUCGAUGACAGACCGACCAACAUACAUUCCACAAUAUCUGUCUGUGCGUGUUCACCACUUUUGGGCCCAAAGUUUGUACGCUUAGGAAGUUUACUAUGUCUGUCUGCUCAGGAGUGAAUGUAUGGGUGUAAGAGGUUUUUAAAGAAAGUAAGAAUGUGUGUGUUUACAUUAAUGUUAUGGGGCAGUUGUGUCUGUGUACACCUGAACAUUCCUCCCAUCACUGGUUUUUACCUCUAGCAGAUCAUCUCUUUCUACAACCUGUUGUGCGCUGCAGCCACACACCCUAAAGGCAGCACAGAAAGAAUUCAACAUGUCAUGUAUCUACAAAAAAAAUGAGCACUAGCCAACUGUAUGCACACCUAUUUGUAAAUAUGUGCAAGAUAUACUGAAUGUUAAAUGCAAUGUAUGAAGAUUUAUUUAAAACUAUGCUUAAAAAAUAAUUUAUCUGUUUGAGAAAAUUUAUAGCUAUCCAUCUCCUGACACGCCCUGCCUCUGCAAAUCUCUCCUGUAGACAAAGCUGUCCAUGCAUCUUUAAAUGUGGCCAAAAAAAAAAAAAAAGCUAUGCUUGCCAUCUCAUCAUUUCUCUUGUAGUUCUAACUACCACUGAAAUGAAAUGCCAUGAGUCUUUUGUACAUUUGUUGAUAGCCCUGAGCCCUGGGUGAACGCCUCAGCCCAGAAACUUUGUAAAUGAGAUUAAAGAGAUCUGGUUCGGGGUCCAGAAUGCAGCUUGUCUGAUGGCGUAUGCGGUCAGUUUGGUUUGUUUUGAGCUUUGCACUAUGGCUAAUGCACUAUUGUUAUUAAUACAAUAUGUACAGAGUGGAUAUCAAAUGCAAUCGGGAAGAAAAAGGAAGAAAAUGAGAUGCGUCUUACCCCAUAUUUUUAGAGACUAUCUUUUUUGAAAUUAAUUAAUGAAAAGGAAUGAAAUCAAGACUGCAAAUGGAUUAAAAUGAAGGGAAAAUAAAAUACUAAAACACGAA